UAUAUUAGCCAAGCACCUGGAUAUAUAUAUAGUAUCUGCUUAUCUAUUGAUUAAACAAUGGACAAAACUACCCCUGAGCAACAGGAUGUGAGACAACUAGCAGAAAACAACCAACCUGCAGAACCAGCUCCUUUGGGGUCGGUCCAGAUGUUCAUAUGCUCCCUUUCAUGGCCCAGGCCAAGCCUGCUGAGCUGCUCCUCCUUUGCAUGGGGAGAGCAGUGCAGAUGCGAUGCAGCAGCUAUGCACAGCACGCCUUUUCCUUGAUUUUCCUCUAUCUUCCACUAGCAAAGAGCAUCUCCAACCUUGCCUUGCUAGAAAAUCACUUAGGUAAAAAAGAACUGGCAACCUAGGUUUUAAGAUUUCCUUUUUUGUACAACCUGAUGCUUUAAAGCAGAAGCUCAACUAGCAAUCACCUACCUUUGACAAGCUCAUCCUGCAGGGUAAAGUUAUUCCACUCUGUCUGCAGACUUUGCACUCACUUCCAGGUGCAAGGGUCAGCCCAGUUCUUAGCACAGCUUUACCAACCACAGAACAGGCCUAACCAGUGUGCGUGUUACAGGUAUUCCUCAAUCCCUCAGGAGUUUUCUCUGUGCCUAUCUCAAUUUUACAGAGAUCACUGCUGUUGCUGAUAUCUAUGUAGUAGUCAUCUCAGUGGAAACAGACAAUCAAGUGGAGAUUAUCAAAACCGAUGACCUUUUAAUUCCCGCUAUGAUUUAACAGUGCCGGUAGCCGCAGAAGACAGUGAAAUCUUCCCUGUGAUCGCUUGUAAAAUACUACCCAAGUUACUCGAGGUUUCUUCUUCAAGCAUUCUGAACUCGUGUCCAGCAGAACUGUGCCAGAAAGUACACUAUUCGAAUAGACAUGUAAGCAUUUGACUAUGAAGUGCUGGAAGAUAACGAAUGCUAAGUUGCUCCUGAGGAUGGGACUGUUCUUGGAUGGAGCACGCUGGAACAGAGAAACUAAAAAGCUAGGAGAAUCUUAUCCAAAAAUCCUCUACGAUACCAUGCCUGUGAUAUGGUUGAAGCCCUGUAAGAAUGCAGACGUUCCACAACGACCCAGUUACCUGGAUGCAGUGUACAAGACAAGCAAGGUAAGAGGGAUCCUGUCAACUACCGGCCAUUCCACCAACUUAGUCAUUGCGAUGACCCUUCUUUCUGAUAAAACCACAAGAACACUGGAUCAAACGGGGGGUGGUGUUAUUAUGUCAGCUUAAUUCUUAAACCUACACACUAUUAAUGGGGGUUCCUUUUUUACAUCACCCGUGAAGAACGUCUGUCAGUUUUGAAUGGCCAUAAUAUCCAAAGGUAU